AUGUCAGCAAUUUCAGACAGUGAUAGUGAAACCGAGGUUGUAUCGCGCAAUCUUUGUGGUGUCGUUGAUAUCGGUUCGAAUGGUAUCCGUUUCAGCAUAUCAUCAAAGGCCUCUCAUCAUGCAAGGAUUAUGCCAUGUGUGUUCAAAGACAGAGUCAACAUUUCAUUGUUUGAGGUGCAGUACGCUGCAAAUUCUCUUGAGAAGGCACCAAUCCCCGAGGAUACAAUCAAAGAAGUGAGCGCUGCCAUGAAGAGAUUUAAAUUAAUAUGUGAUGACUUUGGGGUACCCGAAACAGGCGUGCGGGUGGUAGCUACAGAAGCAACGAGAGAAGCCAUCAACUCUAGCGAUUUCAUCAACGCAGUUUUUGAAUCAACGGAAUGGGACGUGGAAUUGCUAAGCAAGGAGGAAGAGGGUAAAAUUGGCGCAUAUGGAGUGAUAUCUUCAUUCAAUUUCGUCUCCGGGCUUUACAUGGACUUGGGAGGCGGUAGCACUCAGCUCUCAUGGAUAAGGUGCGUAGAUGGGGAAAUCAAGAUGUCAGCAACACCAGUUUCAUUACCUUAUGGCGCUGGUGCCCUUUCAAGGAGAAUGAAGCAAGAGGAUAAGCGAGAUUUGUUUCUGGAGAUCAGAAAGGCUUACGAAGAUGCCGUAUCCAAGAUAGACAUACCACAGGAAAUGCUGCGGGAGGCUGAAGAAAACGGAGGGUUUGACCUUUUCACAUGUGGUGGUGGCCUUAGAGGCAUGGGUCAUUUGUUGCUCUCAAAAAUCAAAGAAUAUCCCAUUCAAACCAUCAUUAACGGCUUCUCCUGUUCUUUUGAGGAAUUCUCAAGCAUGGCAGACUAUCUGUUCUUGAAAGGCAGCGUGCCCAAAUCCAAGAAAAUCUUCAAGGUGUCUGAGAGGAGAGCAUUGCAAUUACCAGCAGUAGGUUUGCUAAUGAGCGCAGCAUUUGAGUCUCUACCGUCUGUGAAAACAGUUCAUUUCAGCGAAGGGGGUGUAAGAGAAGGUACGUUGUAUUCUAUCUUGCCGCGGGAGGUCAGAGCACAGGAUCCGUUGCUGGUUGCCACGAGACCUUACGCUCCUCUACUGGCCCCCAAGUAUCUCGAACUUCUUAGAGCAGCUAUUCCAGAAAAUGAAGUGCCCCGGAUCGUGUACUCAAGAAUAGCGCCUGCAUUGUGCAACCUGGCCUUCGUUCAUGCUUCCUAUCCCAAGGAACUGCAGCCCACGGCGGCGCUGCAUGUCGCAACCACCGGUAUAAUUGCAGGGUGCCACGGUCUCUCGCAUCGGGCCAGAGCAUUGAUUGGAAUCGCCCUCUGCAACCGAUGGGGAGGUGAUAUUCCGGAACAAGAAACCGAGCAUAAACUGCUGUUGCAAGAUGUCGUUCUUCGAGACGGCAACAAAGUUGAAGAAGAACGAGUUGUUUGGUGGACGCAAUACAUAGGCACGAUUAUGUUUGUCAUAUGCGGUGUUCAUCCGGGUGGGAACAUUCGGGACGGAUUGUUCAACUUUAAUAUUGAACAGAAGGUUAACGUGGAGAAAGACUUGCAAAAUGUGGUUAUUGACGAGAAAACCAACGCGGCGCCCCCCAGGCGCAGAGAAUUCGAGGUCAUUGUUCGCAUCAGCAAAGAUGAUCUCAAGACAAGUGCUUCUGUAAGGGCCAGAAUCAUUACGCUACAGAAGAAAAUUCGUAAACUUUCGCGCGGAAGCUCCGAAAAGGUCAAAAUUGGAGUCCAGUUCUACGAAGAUAAUUGA